AUAGGUGUGGGGGGCGCGCGCUGGAGAGAUGGACGGGAGGACGGGAGGACGGGAGUAGGGCCUGUGUCGGCCUGUAGGGAGGGAGUAGGAAUUCGGAGUCGGCAAUAUGGCCGGCCAGAUGUGCAGCGGCAGGGUGUCACGGUGGUGUUAGUGCCGCGCGCUAGACUUAUUCUCGUUAUUUAUAUGUCGGACUACCGCAAGUCCUGUCCGAAUCUCGCGUGUUUUCAUGGGCUCGGUGAUAUACUGUGCAGAAGCAGGAACACGGGUUGCAUGAAGGCAUAGCAUACGCUCACCGGCCAAGCAAACAUGAAGUGAGUAAUGCGAACAAGAGAGCAAGAGAGAAAGAGAAAAAGCGCGAGCGAAGCCGAUGGACGAUGGACCAAGCUCUGCCACGCUCAUCAACUACCGCUACCGAGAGGAUCGAGCCGAGCGCUAUCGUGAUCACGACCGUGUGGGUCCGCGAGGCUUCCUCUUCUCCCUUCCCUCUUUUUCCCCGGCGUUUCCUCUCUUCGCGACAUUUGAAUUUGGUCGUGCGCUAGCCCGGUUAGCCUCCUGGGCUAGACGACGCCAAGAACGGUCGACGCCGAUAGCGACGGAAAAUGCUCAAUAUCGAAAAUGCCUCGGACGAUCGUGUCUCGGCCGUCUUUUGGCGAUCCGUCCGAUUAUGUGUCGUGCGAACGCGCGAUAUACCUACAACCUACGUUUCGGCGAAAAGGAUCGAUCACGCGCGUCGGAACGCUGAAAGACGGGCGGGCGCGCGGACCGUUCUUUAAAUCCCAACUCGACUUUGGAACGGCCCGGCGCGGCGGGUUGUUGCCGCCUGUCUUCGACGAGGGGGGGCAAGAACCAUAACGAGAUUUGACAGCGCGCGGACGUUUCGGCAACGCUGAACGCGAUGGCAAUGGAGUAUUGGGGUUUGGGGUGGGCGAGUCACGGCGAGAAACCGAGAACGCCUCUACCCCCUUGCCUCGCCUCGCCUCGCCUCGCCUCGCCUCGCCUCGCCCCGCCUCGCCUUGCCUUGCCUCGCCUCGCCUCGCCUCGCCUUGCUUUGCACCUCGGGGAAAGACGCGCGCGCUCUCGCUCUUGCUUGCGCUCUUGCGCGUUUAUUUUUCUCCAUUUUUCACGCAUAAGGGUAUGACUGCUGUGUGUGCCCCGGCCUUUCGAAAACAGCCUUCCAACUCCUCCGUUUUUCCCUUCUUCUUUUCGCUCUUGUCUCUUGUCUCCGUUCUUGCCUGCCUCCCCUUGCGCGUAUGUGCGGCGCGGCGCGGCGCGGCGCGGCGCGGCACGGCGCGUGCACGGUCUGCCCGACGCCGACGCCGACGCGACGCGACGCGUCGCAUCGCAUCUUACAUGCAUCUACCGUUACGGGCGUCUUCCAACUCGCGGAGACCCUCGAUCCGCUCCCUUGAAAACGUUCCGUCGUGAUAAUGUUUGUCUCGCUACGUACCUGUAAUUUCGUUCUCUGUUACAAGCUGCAAACGUUACGGAGUCGUAAAUAAAUAGCGUUAACGAGCGUUUCAUGAAUAUGUCGACAAAUUGUCUCUGGUCCUGAGAUUCUCUACUCUCUAUUUUUUUUCUGUAAAAUGUUCGCUGAAAAGCUACGGUUAAGAGUGCAACUUGAAGGCGCAAUCUUAACAUUUUGCUUCAAUUCUUCGCUCGCUCGUAUCGGAUUGCAGAUUGUCGCGAAGCGAUCGCGUGACGCUCCAAAAAUGCGACGGUUGAAGAUAUCGCGACUGACUUUUGCGCAGAAAUAUCGAAAAUGCCAAAGUGUUUAGUGAAUAGCGAAGUGAGUAUAUCAUCCGCCCGCGCGUCGGUGAUGGUGUACGACGACGUAAAUAAGAAAUGGAUACCGAGCGGUAGUUCAUCCGGGUUGUCCAAAGUCCAGCUCUAUCACCAUCAAGUGAACAAUACGUUCCGUGUGGUCGGCAGGAAGUUGCAGGACCACGAAAUUGUCAUCAACUGUGCGAUCCUCAAGGGACUCAAGUACAAUCAGGCCACGGUCACGUUUCAUCAAUGGCGUGAUAAUAAGCAGGUCUAUGGACUCAAUUUUUCCAGUAAGGACGACGCCGAUGCCUUUGCUCGGGCGAUGCUCCAGGCACUUGAUGUGUUGAGCAAUGGUAGCAACAUAUCAAGAAGUCUCGCUCCGACAACCACCACGACUACUCAACAGCAAACCGCCUAUCAGCAGCAGCAGCAGCAGCAGCAACAGCAGCAGCAACAGCAGAGUCAGCCAACCGCACAAUAUGAGGAAGAUAUGGGAUACAGUCAAGAUCGUAACGCGCGGAUCUCCUUGUCCCUGAACCAUCUGCCUACAGGAGGCCAGACGGCACUGCCCGUGGGCUCCGCCACCACAACCCCCGAGCACCACGUGACCGUUAGUGGUGCUGUUAGUACCGUUAUUCAAACGGGCUGUGUGCGUGGCUCACCGGGCGAUGGACACAUGAGAACCAUGACUAGAGAAGACGUGGCGAUAAUUCAGGAACGUAGAAUGUCUCAGCAAAGUCAAGCAACUGGAAGUUCUAAUCCUAUAUCACCGAGUUGUCCGCCUGUUGUGCAGCAACAGCAACAGCAACAGCAGCAGCAGCAACAAUCUGGGCAUCAUCGAACCUCGUCAGCGCCACCGGCGCCACAGCCGCCUCAACAAGCACAACAAUCAGUUUUGCAGAGUGGUAUGAUUCCAGCCGUUCCGCAAAUGUCGGCUGGACCGGGAGUCGGUCCCCCAGUACCACCACCCCAACCACCGAUUGCACCACCCGCCCCACCAUGUCCGCCAACAAUUAUGAAUUUUAGCUCGUCCGCGACACCGGCACCACCUAUGAUGAUGAAUCAGUAUGCACAAUCACCGUCAUCCCAGUCUAACCUUGCGAAUCAACAGUCCCAGUGCCAAUCUAUGUACGUUACUAAUCAAGCAAACCAGUAUGGUGCUGCGUCUGCAAGUAAUCAGUAUGCGAGCGCGACUGUUCCUAGUAGUGGCAACGGUGCUGGAAGCGGUGGAACCUCUGUCGUGAGUCAGAGUCCGAAUCAGUUUCCACCGUCUGGUAGUCAAAACAACUUCUACGGUACUAACAAUCAGACGAGCAAUUAUACUACUGGUGGACAAGUUAAUACAGGCCAAUAUAGCCAGUCGGUUAGCAAUCAGGCUACGCAAUACGGCAGCAGCGGUGGUAAUCAAUAUGGAAGUAAUAGCUCAAUAAAUCAGUACGCCGUUGGUCCACCACCUGGUCCGGCAAGUCAAUAUGCGGUUGCGCAACCUGGUCAACCGCAGUAUGGUACCAAUAUCGUGUCCCAGACGCAAGCACAAUAUGGCAGUACCAGUCAAGUACAAGCAUCUGCCACAGUGGGUACCACAAAUCCGUAUGGAACACCGUCAAAUUCGGUAAAUCAGUAUACUACUGGCGGACACCACCCCGGCGCUAAUGCUUAUGCUCCUAUUGCGAGUGGUGGUCCGCCACCGCCUCCGAUGAUAUCGCUGGCCGGACCCGUCGCACCGCCGCCACCACCACCACCGCCUGUACCUAACGCUAACAGUUCUACCGCCACUACUGGUUCCGGCUCAUCAGUCAGUUACUUGAAUGAUCCUCCACCUGACACCAAUUCAUUAGCUGCUGCUCUUCAAGCACGUCUUAAGAAGAAACAGCAACAGUCACAACCAGUGGAGAAUAGCGGUUCGAGUACCAGUAGUAGUGGUAGUGGAAGCGGCGCAGGAGGCGGCAAUUAUGGUACUUUAGGAAGAGGUGGAGGCGGUGGAAUGGCUUCCAUGAUGGACGAGAUGGCUAAAACAUUAGCACGCCGACGGGCUGCUGCUGAGAAAAAACAACCUGAACAACCACCGGAACCGGAAAGUUCGCCAGACAAAAAGUCUUGGGACAAGAACAAUACAUCGAAUAACAAGUUUUCCAAUGGCGCCGAAUCACCAAAAUCAGUACGUAAGAGAUUUGGUUCGGCUUCAGAAGACACUCUUCUCAAAGUAAACGGUGUUAAUGAUGGAACUUCGCUUACCAUGCAAGAGAUGGAGGCCUUCAAAGUGGAAAUAAUUAAAGAAGUGCGAAAAGAAUUUCAGAAAAUGAAACAAGAAAUAAUUGAUGCUGUAAGAACAGAACUGAAUAAAAGAUAAAGAAGAUAAUGAAAAAAGAAAUAAGAGAUACAAAACCAUGCUCUUGAAACCGAAAGGAAUGAGACGACAUAGAAAGAAGUUCAGGAGAGCUAUAUUGCUCGAUAUCAAAGCAGUAUCAUUGAGAACCACAUACAGGUUUUUACAACAUAUUAACGAGAAUGUAAUGUGAAUACAUUCAUGUAUAUCGAACGUUUAUAUGUAAGUAAAUUAAUCUUAGUGUUUUAAGUGACCGUAUCUCUUUUCGCUAUGUAACAAUCGUAACAAAAAGUUGAAUCAAUUGAGUUUUGUUUUAUUCACUUGACCGUAUCUCUUUUCGCUAUGUAACAAUCGUAACAAAAAGUUGAAUCAAUUGAGUUUUGUUUUAUUCACUUUACACAUUUAUACGUGUAAUUUGUUUACACGUAUAAAGAAUUACACGAAACUUACAUAUUCUGAGCGAGAGAAAUACUUGAGAAUAUCUAAAAUAAGUACACACACAAUGAAAUUACUAUUAUAUCACUUUAUAGUUUAAAGGGAUAUUGAUGAAGACCGAAAAAUGGUGUACUAUUUAUAUUAUAAAUGAUAUUGAUUUCUAUAUAUAAGUAUUUAUUAUAAUAUUCUCAUUUCUUUCUCUUUUCCUUUUUCUCCCUCCACACACACACACACACACACACACACACACACACACACACACACACACACACACACACACACACACACACACACACACACACACACACACACACACCUUUUUUCCCUUUGCUUUUCCUCAGCAUGUUUAAUCAAGACCAAUUAAACAAAAAAAUUUAUAAUUAAAAUUAAUAUUAAUCAAUUAAAUAUAAUUAAUUUUACUACACUUCAGUGUACAAAUUAAUUUUUUCGUAAGAAGAAACUCAAUUAUUUCAACGUUCAAGUUACUCAUCGUAUAUUUUUUAUUGCAUAUGGUUAGGCAGAGUUUCUCUUGUAUGUUGAAACAUUCUUUUACAUAAGACCGAUCUCAUUGUACAACAUUCUAUGUAAAAUUCUUUUAUCAAUAGCGUGGCAUGUGUUUUCUUCGUAUUUUUUGUCUUUUAUUUUAUCAAUACAAUGUUAUACGCAACGCGUAUAACAUUGUAUCUUAAUUUAUGCAAAGUACGUUCUUAAUUUCUAUUGUGACGCGAAUCAAUCUUUGAAAAUAUAACAAGUAAAUACAUUCCAAGAAAUACAUCUCGUUCGAUGCACUAAUCUCCUAGACAUGUUGAACGUUGUAAAUAGCAAUAACGAUGAUAGAUGGAUGCCACGAACGUUGAUUAUGAAAUUCUCGAGAACAUUGCGCUUAAACAAUAUACAUAUAGAUAAGAAAUCAUCGUGUUAAUCCAUUUUUGGAUAUUAAAUAUCUAAAUUGCAAUUCAUGUUUUUCGCAUGUUUAAUACGUACGAUGAGUUGUUUUCCAAGGAAAUUACUGUCGUAUAUUGAAGAUAUUGCAUAUUAAAAAUAUCUUUCAGUUGGUUACAAUUUUUCUUGAAAUUCGUUAUUUAUAACUAUCAUUAUAGCUUUUAUCCAGUUUAUUAUAGAUUUUAACGAAAAAUUCUGUUUUGACGAUUUGAUUUGUUUGCACGAAUAAUUUUAAUCCGUAUUAUGAAUGGUUUACUUUUUGCAUUAUCUUUAAUUGCGAACGAUUAUUUUUAAUAUUGAUAACGUAUUUUUUACUUUAAAACAAUUGCGUAAAAUACAUUAGUUAUUGGCGCGAACAUCUACAGAAAAUCACGCUGCCAAUAAAAAACAAUCCAACCAAUAAUUUAAAAGAUUGUUUAAAUAUAACUUAAUCACACACACACACACACACACACACACACACACGCACACACACAGUAGAUAUUUGUUUCUUAUACAAAUCAAUAUUUAUUGUUAGAUAGGAGAGAAAAUAAUUUUUUGUCACACAAUCUGACAUUUAUUACCGAGCCUUUUUAUCUGACACCAAUUGAUCAAUUUUCUACAAGUGUUUUAUUAAUGGUAAAACAUUGACUAUGAAAAACAUGGAUGUAUAUCUAUCCAUUUUUUAUCUCGUAAAACCCAUUUUGUACGCGAAUUUUCCGUUGGUAGUCGUCUAUCAAUUCUCUCGUAACUUUGAAGGCUGAAUUUUACACGGUUUUUUAUCAUGCAACGUUUUACUGCGCUUUGUUACAUACAAUUUUAUUAUCGGCACGCUAGUUUAUUAUAAGCGUAAUCAUAAGAAUUCUUGAUAAUCAUUCCGAAAGAAUUAGAUGAAAGUUUCUAGUCGAAUCAUCGGAGUGAGAGAUAUAUAUUGGCAAGGAAAGAUAUAAAAUUUUAACAGCAAGUGUUAAAGUUUAUCUUUAAGGGCCGAUUGUUCCAACUUCUUGAUAAACUUACUUAUUAGAUAAAUAUGUAUAUCUUUAUCUUUUUUCCUAAAUAAAUAAAGAUAUUAGAUAUGUCUGUUGGAUAAAACCUCUCAACAAAUUGGAACAAUCAGUCCUAAAUCAUUUAAAUGUCACAUAAUUUACCAUUUAUGUUUCAUUAAUUCUUUUUUUAUUUUUUGUUUAAAUAUUUGUUAUAAUUUUACCUACGUAUUUGAUACGCAUGUGACGUAUUUAACAUUUAUUAUUUUUUUUUAUCUUUUUAUUCUUUUCUAUCUUAAAAAAAAAAGAUUUACGUUUUACGGCGCGUUGCUGAUAUAUCCCCAUGCAGAAUGGAUCGAAUGUUUCGAUCGAUAAUCGAGAGAAACGUAUGCAAUUUGCAAAUGCACGAGUGCGUGCAAUUAUCUUUUUAUAUAAGAUACACUUUUUUCCUAUCUUUUAUUUUUCGAGGCAUUUCUUUCCGCCCCUUUUGACUACAAUGUAAUAUUUUAUACUACAUCAUCUUUGUACAUAUACAUUCAUCUAGCGUGGAUCUUCCAUUAUAAUGUGUAUUUAUUUUAUUCAUCUUUUCUCUUUUUUUUUUUUUUUUUUUUUUUUUUCUUAAAUGGAGCUGUUAAUGUGUGUGUGAAAGAGAGAAAAUGUGAAAAUAUUGACACGCGUGAGGGACGAAGUCUUUUGAAUGUUCCUCUAGCCGCAACUUCAAGUAGAGCUCGUUCUCUUAUUAUCGUUGCUAUGUCUUGUACUUUUUCCUCUCCAGCCUUCCUUUCCUUUCUGCUUCUUCCCUUACCGAUGUACAGAUAUUUUACGUAAUCCGCCCUUUAUCAUAAUAACAAAACCUACAAAAUUUUGAGACGAUCUUUCCCCAAUUAAAAAAAAAAAGAAA